GUCGUUGUAGCUGGGGUAGGAUAUCCUUAGACCAUAGGUCAUCCUUACACAAAAGGUCAUCUUUACACAACAGGUCAUCUUUACACAAAAGGUCAUCUGUUAAGUGCUUACACUGAGUUGUUGUAGUUUAAGCACUAGAAAUGUCAACCACCGAAAGCCAGACGGAUGGCGCUAAGAAUGUACUGGAAGUCUUUAAAACUUGGAUAAAUAAUAACAGAAAGUGUCUGUCUGAACUAGAAUCAGAGUUGACCAAAUACGAGACCCAACCGACUCCAUCUGAAAACAACAACCAGCAACCAGUUAUAGACUUGAAGGUCCUGGUUAAAGACAGCUUGGACAAGAUGACCAAAUGCUUCAGCUUCCUAACUGAUAAUGACGCCUUGCCUAUGCCUUCGACCACCGAACAUGAUUCAGAAACCCUCAAAACCCUUGUUAUCAGGGUCAAUGACCUGGAAAAGGAAUCGAGAGAUUUGAAAACAAACACUGAAAAAAAUGUCAGUGCCUUAGGAGACAAGCACAAGAAGAUGGAGGAUGAUGUCAACAGUUUUAAAGAAUCGACACAGAAAAGUUUGGAGAAAGUUAGAUCUGAUGGAGAAACAAAGAUGAAGGAAGUACCUUCACUUAAACCACAGGACCAGGAUGAGUUAAAACAAUUACAAGGUUAUGUGAACCAGCUAAACGUUAAGGUCAAAAAUGAGGGGGAUUUCUCACGGAGCUUAGAUGAAAAACAAAAGGCAAUAGAAAAUAAUAUAACGGCAAUCCUUAGAGAUCACAAAGAGCUGUUAAAUAAUUAUGGCAAUAUCAAGCCAUUCGUGGAUACUACAAAUGCUAAUCUUGACGAAGUAAAAACAUCAAAUUUGACAUUUGAAGCAAGAAUAACAGCUCAAGAAAAUAAUUUUGAUAAAUUAAAAAACGAAGUUCAAGCAAGGUAUAAAUCGUUACAUGACAAUGCGUCAAAAAUCAAUUCUGAUCUGCAAAAUGUAGUCAAGGAAUUAAAGUCAGAAGAACACGAUCGGUUAAAAGAUGUAUCAUCAAUCAAAGAACAAAACCAAAAGACGGAUGCCAAGAUUGUGGAGAUAUUCCAGAAUAAUAUUAACACGGAUAAUCAGCUGAAGACAUUGUCUGAAAAAGUCAGCAAAUUUAGCAUCGCUGCCAACUUCGAUUUAAAGCUAACACACCUGAAAUCUGAGUUGAAGACAGACAUACAGAAUCUUAAUGAUGAAGUAAACAAUUUAAAAUCGGACAUUCAGUCCAUUGACCAAGAAAGGCAGCAAGCAGAUUCUAGAAUUAAUAAUCUCAUGGGCGAUUGCAAAGCUCAAGCUAAUGAUCUUGUAAGUCUUCAAAACAGGAUAAGCAGCUUGGAAGAUACAACUCAAGAUCUCAAUAGUUCUUUUCAAGAUUCUGUGAAUGAUCUUGUUACGAGGGUCAAGGUAGGUGAAAAAGCCAUGUGUGGUUACCAAGACGAUGCCGAUGAUGUAAGAAAAAUGCAGACAGACAACCAACGGCAGAUAACCGCCUUGUCAAACAAGCAGACAGAUUUCCAGAAGGCCAUUGACAAGUUCUCUCUCUUCACGACCAGCACGGAGAAAAAAUUUGUCGCCACGGUCGAGAAAAUGGACAAGAUUGAUGAUAAACUGAAGAUGGCGAUGACAGAUGUUGGUAAAAAUCUGGGCGCUAUCACGACCAAACAAAGCGAAGUUAACAAAGCUCAAGAGAAUAACGUUGCGGAGCUUAAAAGUCAUGUCCAAAAACUGUUCAAGUUUUUCAAUGAAAAUGUCGCAGUCCAGUUAAAAGAUUUGAACAUCAACCUGGAUAGCAUUACAAAGGAGACGCUUCAGCAGAAUACCAGACUAGAUUCUCUAGAAACGUAUACCGAUGAGAUUUCAGGGGCGUGCCAAGGUUUGGAGGUAGAUCUCACGCAAACUAAAUCUCAACUUGAUUUAAUCAGUCAACAAAGCGAAAAAAUUGAGUCCAAAAUUUCAGAGUUGGUACAGAAAAAUGACGAUCUGAAAAAAUCAACUAUCAGCAACUUGCAGACAUUCUCGACUAAGCUAGACUCAGAGAUGCGUGAACUGACAAAACGCUUGGACGAAGAUUUAAUGCGUCUACAUACUGACAUUGGUGAUACUCUAUCUCAGGUCAGAGAUUUGGAGUCUGAAAUUAAAGCUACACAGAGUGGUAAAACAGCCAUUGGAUUUACGGCCUCGCCCAACAACCUCUCAUCCGUCAGCGUCAAAGAGGGGGAAGUCGUCAAACACUUCAGGGACAUCGCCUUCAACGAGGGCCACUACUACGACCCGUCCACGGGCGCGUUCACCGCCCCAGUCUCCGGCCUCUACUACACCAGCCUGACCGUGUCCAAGAUGAACCAGGGCCGGAUCAGCCUGCACGUCAAGCACCGACCGGUCAAUGCCGGACGAAGUGACCGGAAAGUCAAAGUUGUCUGCCGGGCUCAUAGUGGGAUCGACGACAACAGUUCGACCGGUUCCGGGUUGGUUUACCUCGAGAAAGGUGACGCCCUCUACGUGGUGUCGGUGAAUGUUUCCCACGAUGCAGCUCUCAAUUGUUAUUCCAGCUUCUCAUGCUUUCUUGUUAAGGGAUAGUUAUCAUACAUUGGAUAUACAAAGUUAAGAUAGUUAUCAUACAUUGGUUAUCAAAAGUUAAGAUAGUUAUCAUACAUUGGAUAUCAAAAGUUAAGAUAGUUAUUAUACAUUGGAUAUCAAAAGUUAAGAUACAUUGAAUCUCUAAAAAAUAAAUCAUUUGAUUUUUCGUUAAACGUAAUAACCAUUAAAAAGUAUUGUAUACAUUGAAUUUCAUUUUUUUUAGGAUUUUUUUUCUUUCAAUGGAAGCUUCUUUUUUGUUUGUGUCUAAAAGAAGGAGUUAUUAUUCCUAAGAGAUUUUAGCUUAGACUUGAGAUUUAUGGCGAAUCUGUGAUAUAUAGGGAUUAGAAAAUUACAUGCAAUUUAUUACUAACACGAGUUAUUGAAGGAGAGAGGGUUCUGAUCCACCGUCUGUUACCUUUUUCUAGUAUCUGGCUGCGUUGUUUCCAUAAUUUUUAUAAUCACUUCACGAUUUUUUUCCUUUGAAAAUAUAAAUAUUUGUAAACCAGAUGUACUUAUUUAGAUUAUAAUAACCACCUACCAUUUACUUUUUUAUAGUUGGAGAGCAUAAUCAAUAAUUGGUAUGAAAUAUAGUUUAAAUGUUUCAAAAGUAAACACAGGUGAAAUCGAAAUUGUAAAAUUUACAGAGACCAAAUAUGUCAAUACAUUGGCUUGGGCAUUGCCUGGCCGGAACGGGAACUAUUUAAAUAUGUUUUUCUUUUCUGAAGACAGUAUCGGCAGUGUUAGUUGUUUAAGCUGCUGUUAAAUUUAACUGUAAAUGUUUCAAUGUUUUUUUCGCUGACGUUAAACAUCGAACUUAUGGUGCCUGUAGUCGUUCCUGGUACACAGAGUAAAUUACCACAACAGCACGACGAUUAAUUGGUUGUGUAUUUUAUAUUGCCAAACAUAAGAACUUAAGUGCUCCCCUACAUAUGCACACCUAUUGAACUUUUAAGUUAUCUUAAAUUUGUGAUAGCAUUAAAAAAAAGAAAGCAAAGUGUAACUCAAAUAACAAAAUCAUCCCGUUUGUGCCCAAGACAUACGGAGCGGAUGUUUCAAGGACUCUCUAUUGCCUUGGACUAGAAUUCCAACUCUAGACUUUCGAGUUAGCAUCAUAGCUAUCUACCGCUAGGCUGCGGCGUCCCGUAAUUGCAAAAUGGUGAAUGUGUUAUUAAUAUUAUAUUAAUUGUAUAAUUUGUAUUAACUUUAACAACAAUGAUAAGAGUAGGGCUUCUGUAAACAAACAAAAUAGGUACACGAUUUUUAUUUAUUCAAAAUAAUUCAAUAUUCAUAUUGUAUCGCACUUAAAAUAAAUACAUUAAUUAAUACACCAUUUACCAUGAUUUUACUUUUUGCUUAAUUUAACCAAAUCUUAC